AUGUGUUGGUUCGCCAAAAUUUAUCCAUCUAAAGUCAUUCAUCCCGGCAUCUAUUCCGCUUUAUGGAUUACGAGCGCGGAGGAGUCGGCUGUGGAGAUGAGGGGACGUGUGUUUGAAGAAGACGGAGAAGAAUAUGGAGAAGUCAGAGGAAGAAUAAAAGGGAAUGGACUUCGGGCGAAAUGGUAUAUACAUGGAAAGUCAAGUAUCCGAAACGAAUCACUGGUUGGCCGGGAGAAGGGGUGGUCAGUGAAAACGGAUGGUGGUCGAGAUGGGAACAGACAGAUGUGGCUGAACGGAAAAGUUGAAGUUGCAAAAGGACUCAUAGCAGAAGUCAGGAUCAGGAUUCGAUGCCAACUUGGUAUCAAGCCUAGAGGUCUAACUGACAACCUAUAA